CGGGCCAACUCGUCCGACCUUUCCUCUUCAUUCACUCCUCCCUCUUCGCAAAAUGGCCAUUCUUAGGUUGAUCGGAAGGCCGAGGCUGUCGCUGUUCAACAGGACUUACGCCACAAUCUCAAACCCCCAGACUUUGGUUGAGAAGAUUGUUCAAAAGUAUGCCGUCGACCUGCCUCAAGGGACCAAGGUUCACUCGGGCGACUAUGUGAUGAUCCGCCCAGAACAUGUUAUGACCCACGAUAACACCGGUCCGGUCAUCUCCAAGUUCAAGUCGCUCGAGUGCUCCAAGCUAGACAACCCUCGCCAGCCCAUCUUCACCCUCGACCACGAUGUUCAGAACAAGUCCGAGACCAAUGUCAAGAAGUACCAGCGCAUUGAGGCUUUUGCCAAGGAGCACGCCGUCGACUUCUACCCCGCGGGACGUGGUAUCGGCCACCAAAUUGUCGUCGAGGAGGGAUACGCAUUCCCUGGCAAGAUGGUCGUCGCCAGUGACAGCCACAGCAACCACUAUGGCGGUGUCGGCUGUCUCGGUACUGCCAUUGUCCGCACCGAUGCGGCUGGCAUCUGGGCAACUGGCAAGUUCUGGUGGCAGAUUCCCCGCGUCGUCUCCGUGUCCCUCGACGGUCAGCUUCCAUCAGGAGUCACUGGCAAGGAUGUGAUUGUCGCUCUUGCUGGACUGUUCAACCAGGACCAGGUUCUGAACGCUGCCAUCGAAUUCACUGGCUCGGGUGUUGAGCACCUGUCGAUCGACGAGCGUCUCACUAUCGCCAACAUGACUACUGAGUGGGGAGCGGUUGCCGGCGUCUUCCCUGUCGACGGCAAGCUCAUCGACUGGUACCGUGGCCUUAUCCGCAAGGCCGAGCUGCGUGGCUUCACUUCUCCCUCAUCUGCGACCACCGGCGCUGUUGGUCACCCUCGUCUGAACGACACUCGACUGAGCGCAAGCCUCCAGGAGCAGCUUGCAGCUGAUCCCGGAGCCCACUACGCGGCGAGGCUCUCUCUGGACCUUUCUACAUUGGUCCCCCAUGUCUCUGGCCCCAACUCGGUGAAGAUUGCUACUGCCCUGCCCAAGUUGCUGGACCCUCCUAUCAAGAUUAACAAGGCUUACCUUGUCUCUUGCACCAACUCCCGUGCCUCGGACAUCGCUUCGGCCGCUGCCGUUCUUCGUGGAAAGAAGGUUGCCCCUGGCGUCGAGUUUUACAUUGCUGCUGCUUCGAGCCGCGUUCAGGAGGACGCCGAGGCUGCUGGUGACUGGCAGGCGUUGGUUGAGGCUGGUGCCAAGACCCUCCCUGCCGGUUGCGGCCCCUGUAUCGGUCUCGGUGUUGGCCUUUUGGAGAAGGGCGAAGUGGGCAUCAGUGCGACAAACCGCAACUACAAGGGCCGUAUGGGUAGCCCUGAGGCGGUUGCAUACCUCGCAUCGCCCGCCGUCGUCGCUGCUUCGGCCGUCAACGGUUACAUUUCGGGACCCGACUCGCUUGACCUCGCUGCUCUUCCUCAAUACGAGACCCCCAAGUUCUCGAUUGUCGAGUCUCCUCCUCAGGCGGCUGUCUCCACGUCGGACCCCGAACCGCUCCUUGAUGGCUUCCCCGAGUACUUCGAGGGACCUCUUGUGUUCGCCCCUCAGGACAACCUCACCACCGAUGGCAUGUACCCCGGCAAGUACACUUACCAGGACGACAUCACCCCUGAGCGACAGGCUGAGGUCGUUAUGGAAAACUAUGACCCAUCCUUUGCCUCCACCGUUCGCUCUCUUCGUGGGUCGGCACCUACCCCUAUUCUCCUUUCGGGUUACAACUUCGGAACCGGCUCGUCCCGUGAGCAAGCAGCGACGGCCAUUAAGCACGCUGGCAUUCCUCUGGUUAUCUGCGGCUCGUUUGGCGACAUCUUUAAGCGCAACAGCAUCAACAACGGUCUCAUCUGUGUCGAGGCUCCUUCGCUCGUCGAGGAUCUGACUGCCCGGUUUGCUCUUGACGGUCAACGUGGCAAGGGUGGUCUCAACGGAGAGCUCACUGUCAUCCCCGAGGACUGGCGCAUCCGUGUGGACACUCGCCGUGGCGGCGUGACUGUUACCAUGGGCGAGGAGGGCGAGAAGUUCUACCCCUCUGGCCGCGUGGGUCGUAGUGUUCAGGAGCUGUGGGUCAAUGGAGGCCUGGAGGGCUUCAUCAAGGCCUCGCUCUAAGUAAAAGUGUUGGACGGGCAGGUCAUCAUUGCCCAUGCAUGAAAACACAAUCUAGUAGAUAAACCAGGAUGUGUUCUAGCUAUAGAAAUGCAUUCUGGCUGGCAUUGC